GUUGUUGUCUUUUAUUGGCUUGAUGACACCAGGAUGGUAUUUUGAGCUUUGAUGACUAGCUGGAUGAUUUCAAGGGCAACAUGGAUCUCCAGUGGAAAACACUAACCCUUAUUCGUUUCUGGAAAAAAAAAAUGCUGCUGGUAGUUUUAGAGGAUGCAUUGGUUGACCUAAAGCUCCUUGGUUCAAGCAGGGACAAAUGGGAAGACAAGACUUUGACGUCUCCUUUUCUGGAAGCUGAAUUGGAAGAUGGAAAUAUCAGAAAAGGUGAAGAUGAAACAGCUAAUGGACCCAUCUCCAGGAACUCCCACAGAACCAGUGUUGGACAUCCAACUUAUUCAGGUAUGACUCUAAAACCACAGAGAAGGGUUUCAGGAGGGGAAUCGAAGAGUGCUGCAGUAAACAGAAAAGUAGCAUGGACUUUGUUCUUGGAAGAGACUAAAACCCAGAAAGAAAAAAAAAAAAUGAUGUCAAGAGAGUGUAGACAUGAGAGUGGACUUCAAAGUCCUCUUUAGAGCAUUUUAGAUUGGGUUUGUUAUGACACAGACAGGAAGACAGGAAAGCGCAUAAGG